AUGGGGAGAGCGGCCUUCUUUGCGCCCGCCCUGCAAUCCGCGAGCCCCGCCAGGCGCAGCGUGCGGCCACCGCCGGCAGGAGCGAGGGGACCGCUCGGGCUGCGGAGCCCCUGUCCGGAGGCUGCUUUGUCGGAGGCUGCUUUGUCGGCGGCUCUGCGGCUUCCACGUGGGCAGACCUGGCCAGACGUCGGCUUUGUUUCAUCAGCAAUUUCUUUAUCUUCCUUCGCGUUACCCAACCCCGACAUCAGCCUACGAGUGCGCCUUCUACUUCUUGCCCGCGAACAUUCACAAACUAUACACCUCACGAGGACCAAUACCCAGAAUCUACAACUAGGCGGGGGUGGCCGGCACCGUGCUCUGAGAGAAAGCGGUAUACCUGCGCAAGGCGCGGCUGCCACUGACGCAAACUCUGUAGCUAAUGACGUAUACAAGUGUAAUUUCCCUCAGACACAGUUACUGGCCAAGCAGUUGAAGGUACCCACGGAGUUCCCCACCACCGAAUACAAACACCCACAAAAAUAUGCAAUAGAUGCAGAAAAUAAAAUUGAAGAAAAAAUUGAACCAAAUAUUUGCAUUGAUAGGAGCACACGAUGUUCUGGAAAAGAUGCCAUUCUUUUUAAGCUUGAAAUUGCGGAAGAAAUUGAAAGGAAAAAUCAACAAGACAGCGAUCUCUCUGUGCAAACACUAAAAGAUUUUCUUGAAGAUUACAUUGACAUGCAUGAGUAAUUUUUACCUCCAAAGUCAUUGCUGUGAUAUGCUCUUUUCAUUGUUAAACCCACUUGCAGAAGGUCUGUGUGCUUUACCAAAGGUUAUGGAAGCUACGUAGAAGGGACAGGAUCUGUGUUGCAGACUGCAGAGCACAUGCAGAUUGAGAAUAUCUACAAAUCUCUUAUCAAUUGGACACAAGAAGAAAAGAUAACAAAGUUGUUAAUGCUUAAACUGCGAUAUUUCACUCUUAAAGAAAUAGCAAAUCUUGGAUUUCCUUCAGAGUUUGGAUUUCCUGAGAAGACAACAGUGAAACAGCAUCACCGCCUGCUUGGAAACAGUCUCGACGUGCAUGUAGUAGCUAAACAAAUCAAAAUCCCAUGUGAGUAA